AUUGCACGUCUUUCGUAGAUUUGAUUCCUUAUCAUACAUAUCAGUAACGUUAACAAAACCAUGACGAAUAUGAAGGCGCAAUUCUUAUAUAUUUUCCUAUACGUUCAUUUCAUUUCUGCUACCACGAACAAUGAUUGCAAAGCAUGUGAGGACAAAAUCAAAUCAUUGGAGAAUCAAAUAAAGCAAAUAUGGGAUGUGAUUGGGAAAUUUGGACUUGGUAAAGCUGAAGACCUAGAUAAUGAGAACCAUAAAUUGAUCGAUAAGAGACUUUUGCUGACUGACCAAAACGUUCUGCAUAGUAUAGAGACACGUCUACUGGAACAGGCAAUCAAAUUAAAAGAUCUACAAGACAACUAUCAUACGACAAGUGGUGGUGCUAUUUUUGUUCACUGGGGCAAACCAAGAUGUCCAGACAACACAUCUCAGUUGGUAUAUUCAGGUUAUCUGGGAGGAUCAGAAUAUAGCACGAAGGGAGCAGCAGUCACCAAUGUCUGCCUUUCCCCUGAUCCAAUAUUUGGAAACUGGUCUCCAACUGGUGGUGAUAAUCAGAUGUAUGGGUCAGAACUCGAUACAGAUAUAGCUGGACCGGGAACAUCAACCCAAGACAACACGUGUGCAGUGUGUAGAAGUAAUAUCCACUCCACCGUUGUCAUGAUUCCAGGGAGAAACGAAUGUUAUCCGGGAUGGAAGAAACAAUAUGGUGGGUACCUGAUGUCUGCUCCGAUUAAUAACUCUCCUAAGGAAAUCAUCUGUUUAAAUGAACAUCCCGAGUUCGUUGUAGGAGGCGGGGAUAAUGAUAACGGAAAUCUUUUAUAUCCAAUCAAAGCUGUCUGUGGUUCUCUUGAAUGUCCACCUUAUGUAAAUGGAAAGCUAUUGACCUGUGCUGUUUGUACACAGUGAUGAAAGCAAAUUAAAAAAAAUGAAAAACUUGUUUAAUGUGAAAUGGUAUUGAU